AUCGAUCGCUCGUGAACACCUAAAGCCCAUAAUUUAAACAACAUACGUCAAAACUCCCAGCCCUAGAAGUUUCAAAUCGACUUUUGUGGAUACAGCUGAAAGUUGAUCCCGCGAGUUGGAUCGCUGAGUUCUAGGGAUUUUCGGACGGCACAACUCGGCACCGGCGGAUUAUCGGAAAUGGCGGACGAUGAAUUACCACCGCCAAUUAGGUUGAUGAACUUCGUUUCCGAAGAACAGUUGGAAGAAUCUCGGAGAACUAGGGGUGCUCGAGUCGAGGACGGUACUGCCCAGAGAGAUAGGUCCCUUUACGAGAUUUUAAAGGAAAACAAGGACAAGAAAGAUUCAGAAUUCAAUGAACGUUUCAAGCACAGGCCACCAAAAGCUUUGGAUGAGGAUGAAACCGAGUUUCUUGAGAAACUAGAGAUGUCAAAGAGAGAAUAUGAACGUCAAAUGGCAGAUGAAGAAGAGCAGCAGCUCCAACUUUUUCAAGCUGCAGUAACAGCACAAUCUACGACAGUGCACGAGGUAAAGGAGGCACCUUUAAUUCCUAAAGUUCAGGAUCAAAGAUCAGUUGGAAUGAAGAACCCCCCAUCUCGUCCAUUGGGCAUUGUAAUCAAAGUCAAGCCACAAGCGAAGAAAGCAAAAAUAGAUCCUGCAAAUCCAAAAGAACCUUUAAAUGCAGCCAGUAUGCCUAAUGUUGACACAGAAGAGCCGUUGGAAUCUGCAAAUUUACCUAGUAUUGAUACUAAAGAAUCUGUAAGCACAUUGAAAAUGAAAAAUGGAGAUAGUAACGUGUCUGGUGGUUUAGUUUCAUAUAGUGAUGAAAGUGAAGAUUACGACUAAUCCUGUUGACUGCGGCAUUUAUUUAGCUGUGAUAAUAUAUAAUGAAUUUCGUUGGCUUGCUCGUAUUUUAAUAAUAUGCAGAAAUUACAAUA